AUGGCAGCCCAGAUCGAACAUCGUACGUUGGAAAUCAACGGUUGCUUUAAACGAUUUACCGUCCUUGUGAAGUCCAGAAAGACGAUUGAUGUGACGGCCUUCCUACCUAGAAUAGAAGAUCCAAGUCGCAGUUAUGAAUUUAAGCUGAAGAGUCGAAAUAAUGAUUCAACAACGGCAGCGGGGCAGCUGGCGGUGGAGUCGAGUGAAGGUGACCAACGCGAGUUGGUUCUCCAUCUGAGCAAGACCUUCCGCGAGACUUAUAGUCCUGCAUGGGGGUUGCUGCUGCAAUUUGGCAUUAUUCGCGCGGGCAACUUCCAAGCCUUUCACCUGUCGUCUCUUGAAUCCAAAGACUCGGCCGGAUGGAAGACUACUGUUAUUGGGAAAGCGUCAGAUAUAGUGAGCUGGUUCGAUGGUAUAAGUGUUCAUGAUUCUCUUUACUUCAAAGCACGGCUAUUCCAUCCGGAAGCUUCAAUUGAUGUUAAAGCCUUGAUUAGUCAGCGCCGUGAGUUAGAUGACCUGCGGAGAGCGAUGCGUCGAAUGCGCACUACAUUUGAAGCCCUCCAACGACCCUCAAUCGACAUCACUCGUCUAGUCUUUCAUCCCAAGCGUAAAGGAACUGUCAAGAAUCUAUAUGUUCCAAGUCAUAUACUCACUCGGUUUGAUUACUUUCAAUCAUUGCAUUCACAAAAAUAUUCUGAAACCGCACAAACAGACGAUUCACUGCCUCCAUUGAAUGAAGCGACGCGACAAGGUGGUGAAGGGUUCAUCUACGAAGAUUCUGAUGAUGAAUGGGAUAUUGAUGACGAUCCUCGCGAGCCCCUAAACACCGAUACAUUUCAGGCUACCAUCCAUGUCAUGGACACAUCGGCUUUGUACUUUGCACCUCCCCAAUCUGCGUACCGCAAAUUUGUGCUAGAGUGUAAACCCGGCGAUGUGCCAAUUCCUCCAUGGCAUGAGUGGGCCGAGGAUAAUAUUACAUCUCAUACCAUCGUACCUGAGUACAAAACUCCCACAAGCCCCAAGAGCUUAUACAGAAUGGCCGAUAUGUUGAUGAUUCCUGAACUGAAAGAUGUAUGCCGAGAACAGAUCUUCGAUUGCUUAAACAUCGAAAAUGUGGUAUCGGAGAUUCUGAGCCCACUUUUUCAGCAUUAUCAAGAAUUGCGUAUAUCUGGCUAUGAAUUUAUACAAAAGAACUGGGACUCAGUUGUGCAAAGAGGUGAAAUGAGUCGUAUACUUACAAAUCUCUCGAGUGAGGAGGCAGUUCUUGUCAACGAGACCAUGUUGAAAGUCCUCACAUGUGGUGUACCUAAAGGGUAA